AUGAAAAAGGGAAUCUGGAAACAAGGGAAUGCAGAAACCAAGACAGUGGUCAAAACAAUUGUUCACAAGAGUGCUAAUGAAGACUGUGAGAACAGCAGAAGAGUUACACGGUCUGUCUUGUGUACCAGUGACUCGUCAAAAGAUGAAGCUACAACUGAAAGACCUUAUCUGAAAAGAAAGACAGAGGAAAGCCAGAGAAUAGAAGAAAAUGAGGAUGAUGAUAGCCUGGAAGAUACAUGCACAGAUCCAAUUUACAGCUUAAGCAAGAAACAAAGCAGAAUAACUCUGAGCUCACCCAGGGGACAGAGCACGGAGACCUCUGAAUCUGAUGAUCCGUUGGAGGAGUGUCUGAGAAUUUUUGAGGAGUUUGAAAAAGAAAAGCAAAAGGAGGCCUGUGAUCAGCAGGCCAACAGAGGAAAAGUGUUAGGUACUGAAGGAAAUGUUCCUGAACAAAGUACAAAUGCAGCACACUCAGCAAAACUGGCAACGUUUGAGGCCAUGACAGAAGAACGAUCUGUUUUUCACAGCUGUAGUAGUAAAGUAUCAUAUCUGAAUUAUGCUGCAAGGACUCUCAAAAAGCUGAAAGAGCAUGGUAGUGCUCUAUAUGAACUUCUAAAAGAUUAUAUUCUGACUAAGGAACAGUUGAAUGAAAAUAAUUUCCCUCGACCAAAUCCUGAAAAAAGUGGUAGUGCCAUACUUCCUAAGGUUGUAAAAGGUCCUGUACAUGAUGCUCUCAAAAGACUGUGCUGUAGAUGUGGCACAGUAUAUGCUGUCAAUUCCUCAGGAGAACAUACAUGUGAAGAAGAAUGCAACUAUCAUUCUGGUAGAGUUGUGGAACAAAAAGUUCCUGGAGGCAUGGAAAAACACUCUAGCUGUUGUGAAAGAUCAGUUGGGUCUGCUGGAUGCCAGAUUGCAAAGCUUCAUGUCCAUAAUGGGAGAAGUGACAAAUUGGAAGGCUUUGUGAAGACACUUUCAAAAUCUCUGCCUCAUGAUGGAACGUUCGGUGUAUAUGCUUUGGACUGUGAGAUGUGUUACACAACCCACGGCUUGGAACUAACUAGAGUGGCAGUGGUUGAUGCUAUGCUACGGGUUGUCUAUGAUACGUUUGUUAAGCCAGAUGGUAAAAUUGUAGACUGCGAUCGAAGACUCUCUGGAGUAACAGAGGCUGAUUUGAAGAACACCACAACAUCUCUUCAGAACGUACAGGCAGUACUGAUAAACUUGUUCAAUGAAGACACAAUUUUAAUUGGACACAAAUUAGAAAAGUCCUUUAUUGCUCUCAAGCUAAUUCAUGACACUGUAGUGGACACAUCAGUAGUGUUUCCUCAUCACCUGAGUUUGCCUAACAAAAGGACACUUGGAAGUCUGAUUGCUGAAUACCUCAGGAAAAUUCAUCAAGAUGAUGAUGUUAAUGGUCAUAAUUCCAAGGAAGAAGCAACUGCUUGUAUGGAGCUAAUCCUUUGGAAGGUCAAGGAGGACAACAAAAAGAUGAAAUGGCUUUAG